GCAUCCCAGAGGGGAAGGAUUUACUUUUCACUAAGUUCAGUGGAUGCAGGGGAGCUCCAAUCCCUUAAUCAUUUAGGUACAGUGAACAACCUUCACUGUGCUCGUGUUAACCAAGUCAUGGAGCUUGAAAUAAUCUCAUAAACAGACUCUGGGUCUUGGAAUUGUGUGGACUAAGAUAAAUGUGACCUGAAUGAGAUUGUGUAAAACAUUUGGUCUGUGACACAGCUGUUGAAGCCAUUAUCAUUUAGCAAUUAUAUCAUCAUAAAGCUGUCAACUGUGCAGUGCUUACUGGUAGCAUUCCAGAUUCUGAAAGCCCAUGCCAAACACUUCUCUGGCUCGCUUUGCCUCUGCAAUGAAAAGAAUUUUAUGUUGAGAGACUCUUUUCAGUAGUUCAAUAGUGAACUGCCCAAAGAGACUUUUCGAAGAGACUGUGAAAAAAAAAUAUGGAAUAGCAAGGAUCAGAAUGGUUGAGGUAGGAUUUUCAUAUCUAUUCCCACAGAAUCUUUCCUUCAAACCCUUCCUGGUUUCCUACACACUGGCUUCAGGAAGCAGUGAGAUGGAUUCUUCACAGCUCUGUUCUCUGUAGGAACUACAAACAUUUUCAACUGUUUUUAUUUUCCUCAGGCAUUUUAACAAGAUUAAAGAGGGAAAAAUGCAGAAGAGAAACAGAGAGGUGAAGAAAGAGAGAGCUGCUUAGUGAAUGAAUGGUGGCCCACAGGAUAAUUCUUUUUCCUGCUUAGAAUUAAUUUAGCUUUAAUGGUUGUUAAGUGGGAUUUGUAUAAUAGGUUGUGUCUUUUAAAGCAUUUAAUUUACACAAGCUCAGACAUUUCAGAAGGACCAUUACAGACCUAGCUGUCUCUUCUGUUUAGCUUCUUCAAGAGAAAGUAAAAAGUAAAUUGGCAUUAUGAUUUCAGGGGAACCUAUCACUUGAAGUAGUCUGGGCUUAGAUAGGCAUAGAUUCCAGAAUUUGAGGACAGUUUGUAUGUCUGCAGGGUCAAGGAAAAGUGAAGUUUUUACUUUGCAGUGGUCUGUGUCAUUUUUAUAGAACUAGUGGUGACAGAAGUUACAGUCUUGCAGCUAAAAUGGCACAUAAAAUCUCUCCUAGUUGACUUUAAGUCAGAAAAUGUAUAUUCCUGUAAAGUAUAUUCCUGGUAGCUUCAGCAGGUAAUAUAACUAUUCCUACGAGACUAGGACUAGGAUUGCCUUCUUCCAAUUUAUUAAGAGGGCGAGGAGUGCAGAACCUCAAUCAUAAACCUAUACAGUUUAAGGGAAGAAUUUUAUUGUUUUUAAUGUAUCUUAAUUCAGUGCACUGCAGGCAGCAUCAGUAACUUCUAAAAGGAAAGUUGAAACGUAGUGCAGGUACAAAGAGUCAACUUAUUUGGUACAGCAAAACAUAUAUUCCUCUUUCCCGUGUGUGUGAGAGUCAAUUUAGAAAUUAUAUUUUAUUUAUGCAAACAUCUCAAAAAUUAAAAGAAUAUUUAAGACUCUUCAGCUUUGAGAUUCCAUUUAUGGAAUCACAGUGAAUAUCUUGAGGUUGGAAGGAAUCUCUGGAGAUUGUCUAGGCUGACCUCUGCUCUUGAAUACUAGUCAGCUAGAGCAGCUUGCUCAGUAUUCAAUCAGGUUUGAAACAUCUGCAAAGAUAUUAAAUAUCCAAAGAUAUUCAAGGGCUGUACAACAUAGCUGGGUAACCUGUUCCUGUGCUUGACUACCCUUACAGUAAAAAAUUAGGGGGAUUAUUUUUAAACAGAAUUUUCUGGAAUUGAAUUUAUGCCUCUUACAGAAUGGAGAAUAGCUGAUACUGUUUUCUUUAUUCACACAUUUAUACCCAUCAAUAAGGUUCUUCCUGAACCUUCUUUUUAAGGCUAAAUAAACCCAGAUCUCUCAGCCUCUCCUCUUAUGUAACGUGCCCCAGCCCCUUCGUGAUCUUAGUGGCCCUUUGCUGGACUUGCUCCAGCAUGUCCCCAUAAUUCUUGUGCUGGGGAGUCCAGAACUGAAUACAUAUCUCAGAUGUGAUCUUCCUGGUGCAUAAUAGGGGUAAUGACUUCCUUGAUCUGGGAAUACUUUUCUUAGUGCAGUCAGAAAUGCUUUGGACUUAUUUGCUGCAAGGGCAUGUUGCUGACUCAUCUUCAACCUCUCCUUGAGGACUCCUACAUCCCGUUUUUUUUUUUGCAAAGCUGCUUUCCAACUUUGGUACAUGAGGUUAUUCUUUCCCAUGUACAGGAUGUUCCCUUUCUCUCAACAGGUGUAUCAAUCAGUCCUCCCAGUUUUAUAUCAUCUGCAAAAUUGCUGAGGGUGGACUUUGUCCAUCUGCCCAACUCAUUAUUGAAAAUGUUAACUUGUGCUGUACAGGAGAUGGAUGGCAUCAAUCAUCAUUUUCAGCCACUGCAGUGAAGAAUGAUAUGUAACAAUAGCAAAAGUUCUCCACAGCAAAGAGUAUUUUAGCAAAUAUAUCAUCUAUUUCACUGCAAACAUGUCUGCUGCAGUGACAGAGUUCUCUUGGGAACAGUCUUAUAAAUAAGAGCAUCUUCCUCUCAGGAAAAAAAAAACAAACAAAAAAAAUCCCAAGCAACAACAACAACAAAAAACCACCCCAAAUAAAAACCAAACCAAACCGAACAAAACCAAAACAAACAAACAAAUGAAAAAAUUCCCAAAAACCCACCAAACAAACUGGUGGGUGCAGGACAAAGAAACUGUGAUAAAGAACUGACUUGCAGAAAAAAAGGAGUCAGCAACAACUUUGCCAGGCACUAAUACCCUAUGCCUACUUAUGUAUCUACAUCAAAAAGGUAUAAAAUAGCAAAUUGCUUACUUUAAAUGAAUUCUCUGCAAGAGCUUCAUUGCAUGAGAUUUCCCUGACACGACAGGAACCUCGCUGGGGAAUCCUGGCUGACUCCAGACUCUGUGAUUUUGGUAAUCUUUAAAGUGAGAUUUCUGCUCUUGAUUAGCCUUACUCCUGAGAUAAUUUUCUUGAGUGUCAUACUAGUAACACCUCAUAUAAUAUAUAGUAAGUAGAAAGCAAUUAUCUGAGUUUUAAUUCAUAAUCCUUAGAAAGUUAAUAAAACAUUUGGGCAGAGGGAGAAAAUAGUGAAAAGGCCUCACAAAUCCAGAACAGUCUUCUGAAUUAAUUAAAAACUUAGGAAAUUUGUCCUGCUGGAAAUCAUCCUAACCUCUCUGCAGAUUUAUACACUAUAAUAAAUUACCAGCUGCAUUUGAAGAGUUCCUUCUAUCUCUACAACUGUAAAAUGAAAUGUUAUAGCUUUGCUGAAACUGAGACACCAAUGCUAAGUGUAAGGUCUACAAAACCCUUUCACCUUGUAAUUGUCUUGAAACCCAGACCACAUUCUUUCGCUGGUCUAAAGCAAGACAACUGGCUAAUGAGGAGGGAUCAGUCAUGGACGUAAGAAGAGGCUGAGUGAGCACCAUGAGGGCUAAAGUGCUCAACUAGUGACCCAAAGAUGUGGUGGGGGACAAAAAGGGGUUGGGACUACAUGGUCUUUAAGGUCCAUUCCAAACCCUUAACAUUCUGUGAUUGUACGCUUCUGUAAUUUUAUGAUUUUGUGUUGUGUUUCCCUGGAAUUGAUUUGGUUCUUGAUUUCAGUCAAGAACCAUAUUUUCAGGCCACCAUUUUCUGAAAGCUCUAGUUUUCACAUGCCAUAAGUGAGCUGGUGGCUCACUUACAUUAUCCUUCAGAGACAGAGGUUCCCCUGAAGCACCUGCAGGGAAAAAGCACAUGUGCUCCUCCCAGUUCAGAUGCUGGUGCUCCUCUCAAGAGGAUGGAUUUUUAAAUCAACGGAAUGUGUUUCAAUGAAAAUCUCCUGGACAUGUUACUUGAUGUGCAUCUCAUAGAAUGAUUUCGCUUUGUAUGUGAGCUGCAGCAACAACAGACUCUAAUAAAUUAUUUGACUCUUGUCUUAUUGGCUAAUGAAAAUGAUUGCACAGCUGUCAAGAAUUGGAACUUGGACCUGCCUGUUCUCUCAUGGAUUUCAAACACCAGGGUUAAUGGUCAGCAAGCACACACUACAGAAAUAAUCUAGUAUGCUGAGAUGCUGCAAUUAUUAUUUGUAGAUAAAAACAUCACAUGUUCCAGGACACUGGCACUCUAUAAAAAUUUAAAUUUCUGGGGAAAAUGCAAAAUUAUUCUUACUCUGCUUCCUAGGCUAGGAAAAAAAAAUAGUUACAUUUCUUUUGCAACAUGUAAAACUAGUGAAAAAAUUAUCUGUCCCUUCAAUAAUUAAGGGCAAGAUGGAUCAUAGACUCUUUAUCAUUACUAGGUUGAUAGUACAUCUACUAUGUCAUUAGCAAAAAGCAUUUUUGCCCAUUUUCUGCAUGAUCUGUGUUACUGACUUUGAUGACAAACCCCUUCUGCUCCUUAUGGAGAGCUGACUAUUGUAAAGGGAUGAAUAAAGUCCAAUUUUGUUCACACCUUCCCCUCCAUGCAAAAGUAGUGUUAAAUACCUGAGAAUUUCCAGCAGAUGGCCAACAUGUUGAUUAGUGUCCAAGAUGAUUAGGUGGCAUGUGGCAUACAAGAAAAAAUGAGAGACUUGCUAUUCUUUGCUUGGAGAGAAGAAAGCUAAGGGCAGGUGGGUCUAGGGGAGGUGUAAUUACAACUUUUCACUACCAAAAAAGGCAGAUGUAGGAAAUAGACUCCAUGCCUUAAUGACAAGUUGGAAUGGUUAGGGAAUGCAGGAAUAAAAGGAAAACAAUUUGCCCUUGAGGGUCCUACUGUGCCAGAAAGAGAAUGCCAGAAAGACUGUAGAACCUCCCUCCUUGCAGGUUUCCAAUUCUCAGAUGGGUAAGUCCCUAAGCAACCUCUUCUAGGGUACAAACUGGAAUUGCUUUAAGUUGGAGGUUGGACCACAGACCUCCACCCUGUGGAUGAUCCUUCAGGUAAAAAGUAUUCUUUGAUUCUAUGAAAUCAUCUCUUGAUUGUCAAAGAGCACAAAGUACACAGACAUUUAAGCUGGAUAUGACACUUCAAUACCACUUUUUGCUACAAACAUCCCACUGUAUUUCUUUCAUGCUGGGCAAAAUGAAAAUAACUAGUGUAAAGUGUCCCUGUCUUAAGAUCUUCAGUACGUAUAGCUAAGACACACAAAGAAGGCAGGAAGAUAAACAGACAGAAAGGUAAUGUUAUUUACUCAAGGAUCAGUGGAAUAGUACAAGAUUACUGUCAGAGGCAGAGUUAAGACAUGUACCACUGAGCAAUAUUCUAGGGAAAAAACCUAUUUCUUUAUGCUGUUAAAAUGCCACACUUCUCUCAUAGGCAUAAUUAAAAAUACAAAUUUUCCAGUGUAAUCAUUUGCCAAUGAGCUGAUAGAGACAUUCCUAUACAGUCAUUAACAACUGCAGUUACGAUUAUUGGGCUUGCCAAUUACAGCUUCACUAGGAUGUCUUGGAAAUAUAGAAGAAAAGUAGGAAAUGGUGGAAGAGCUGGCAGAAGCAAGGAGUGGCAGUGGGUAGCAGAAGGCCAUAGAGGAGCAGAAGGAGGAGGCAAUGGAGAAGGUGACAAAAGAAGUUGCAAAGGGCUGCAGCAGAAGCAGAGAAGGAGGAGGUGACAGAGGAAGUGAUGUAAGAAAGGAGGCAGAAGAAGGUGGUGGAAGAGAAGGAGAUGGUGAAUGAGAUGACAGAGUAGGUGACAAAAGAAGCUGGAAGAAGGUGGUGAAUAAGAGAAGGUGGAGGCAGUGGAAGGUGGCAGAGGCCAAAGGUGGAGGUAUACAGUGGCUAAAGGGUGGAAGCCAUGGAAUGGUGUGGUGGUGAAACGCAGUGUAAAGGCAGUGAGACAGGAGGCAGCUUUGGCAUAUGGAGGCAGUGGCUGAUUAAUUCAGCAGUGGAAGGUGGCAGCAGUGGGAGGUGGCAGAAGGCAGCAACAGGAGGCAGUGAUGAAAUGUGACAGCAGACUGCACUGACAGGAGCUGGUGGCAGCAGAAAGCAGUGGAGGAAGACAGCAGAGACAGGCGGCGCAUGAAGGCAGCAGCGGUGGAAGGAGGCAUCAAAAAUGGUGGUGGAAGAAGACAGAAGAAGGUGGAGGUGGCAGAAGGAAGGCAUUUGCGUUGGAAGGUGGCUGUGGCAGAUGAAGGCAACAGAAGCAGGCAGAAAAAUAGGAGGAGGAGGCAAUGGUGGAGGGAACAAAAAAGGCAGAGGAAGAAAACCACAGAAUAAAGAAGAAGGAAAUGGAGGAGGCAAAGAAGAAAUGUUGUAAGAGGAGAAGGAGAAGGCUACAGACAAGGCUAUGAAGGAAGGUGGCAGAAGACAUUGGAAGAAGAGAAAAGGGAGGCUAUGGAAGAAGACAGUGAAGGAGGAGGAGGAGGAGGCUGUGAAAGUAAAGAAGGAAGAAACAACUGAGGAGGCAGUAGAAGACAAUGGUGAAGAAGGCAAUGGAAGAAGAAGCAAGAGACAACAUAGGAAGUGAAGGAAAAAUGUGGCAGAAGAAGUGGAGGAGGAGGCAAUGGCAGUGGUGGAAAAAGGCAGUGAAGGAAGAGAGGGCAGACAGAAUGCAGCAGAAUGCAGCAGAAGUAUGUGAUGGAAGAAGAAAAGGAGGAUGUGAAAGAAGGAAAUGGAAGAAGGUGCUGAAAUUAGGCAUGAAGGAAGUGAUGAAGAAUGUGACGAGGUAAUUGAUGGAAGGAGACAUCACAAAAAUGUGGUGGAAGAAAAGGAGGAUGUGAUGGUGCGGGUGACAAAAGAAGAUGGCAGAGGAAAAGAAGGCAGAGGGAAUGGAGAAGGUGGUGGAAUAAAGUCUCAGAAGACUGCAGCAAAAAAAGAGAAGGAAGACUUGAUGGAAGAACUUGUUAGAAAAAGCAGGAGGCAAUGGAGGAAGGCAGUGUGAGGAGAAGACCACAGCAGAAAGCAGAGGAUGAAAAUGGUAGAAGAAGGUGAUGUAACAAGAAAAGGAGGCGGAGACAGAAGAGGUAGAAUAGAAUAAGGAAGUGGAAGAAGGGGGCAGCAGAAAGGAAGGAGGAGGCAAUGGAAGAAAAUGUUGGAAGAUUACGAGAAGAUGAAGGAGGAGAUGGAGGAGAUGGCUGUUCUUAAUUUGGUUGGCAUAGAGUUAAUUUUCUUCUUAGUAUUUGGUGCAGCACUAUGUUUUUAAUAUGAGAAUAAUAUUGAUAACACACUGAUGUUUUGGUUGUUCCUAUGUAGUGCUUACUCCACGUCAAGGACUUUUCAGCUUUCCAUGCUCUACCAGCAAGGAGGUGAACAUGAAGCUGUGGGGGAGCCUAGCUGGGACAACUGACACUAACUGGCCAACAGGAUAUUCCACACUACAGAAGGUCAUCCUUAGAAUAUAAACUGGGAGGAGCUGGACAGACAGAACUAAUUACUGCCCAGAGACAGGCUGAGCAUCGCUCAGCAGGUGGUGCUGUGUGUAAGAAUGAGACAGACAAACAACUACACGUCUUCCAAAGCCAAAAGGUAUUUUUAGAUUGAAGGCUACCUUACGGAAUAAUUAGAAUAGCUCUCUAUCUCAGCAGAGGUUUAUGAUUAACGUGUAUGACAUUUGUACAUUCUACCAAUGCCUGUUAAUUCCCACACUUGGAUCUUCAAAUUUUCCACUGUGUACUUUUUGUCUGGAGAAAACCUUGGACUAGAGAUAAGACCAUCACCAAAAACGUAUUUCUAGCAGCUCCCGCGUCCAGUCAGCCAGUCUGGGUUUGAGGUCGAAUCGAGACCAUGAAGUGCCUGCUGCUUCUCGCCUUUAUUGGGGUGGCUGUUGCCUUCCCCACCUUUGCUGAAGACGAUGAUGACAAGAUUGUGGGAGGCUACACCUGCGCACAGAACUCCGUGCCCUAUCAGGUGUCCCUGAAUUCUGGAUAUCACUUCUGUGGAGGUUCCCUCAUCAGCAGCCAGUGGGUCGUGUCAGCUGCUCACUGCUACAAAUCUCGCAUCCAAGUGCAGCUCGGGAAACACAACCUGGGGCUCACUGAAUCCACACAGCAGUUUAUCAACUCUGCUAAAGUCAUCCGCCACUCUGGCUACAGCUCCUACACCCUGGACAACGACAUCAUGCUCAUCAAGCUGGCCAGCCCAGCCACGCUCAGCAAAGCUAUCCAGACCAUUCCUCUGCCUACCAGCUGCGUGGCCGCUGGCACCACCUGCCUGAUCUCCGGCUGGGGCAACACUCUCAGCAGUGGCUCUAACUACCCAGACGAGCUGCAGUGCCUGAAGGCUCCCGUCCUCACCGACGAGCAGUGCUCUGAUGCCUACCCUGGGCAAAUUACCAAGAACAUGAUGUGUGUCGGAUACCUGGAGGGAGGAAAAGACUCCUGCCAGGGAGAUUCUGGCGGUCCCGUGGUCUGCAAUGGACAGCUCCAGGGCAUUGUCUCCUGGGGUUAUGGAUGUGCCCAGCGUGGCCUUCCCGGAGUUUACACCAAGGUUUGCAACUACGUCUCCUGGAUCCAGUCCACCAUUGCCUCCAACUGAGAUGCUUGUUUGGCAUGACCUGUAUUUUCUCUUCAUCAUUUCUGUUCUUUUGGGUCUGGACAAGCAAAAAUUGUGAGAAAUUAAUAAAAACUUUCAGGCACCCCUA